CCAAGGCGGACGUGAAUGCAGCAUUGAGGAAGCGGCACUCGGCAGUUCGUUGUGGCCGUGGCUAAUCUCCGUAGCUAGACAUCAUCCUGGUUGUAUUAUCCAAAUCAUUAAAUCCAAGUUUGGCUUGUUGUUAUUAAUUGCAGAUCAACACGUCGUUUCAACUGCGCCUCGUGCAUUACAAAGCUGGAGAUGACGUCUAAAAUUAAAGUGGGGAAGGUCGGCUCCAAGAACAAAGAGGAUGCUCCUUAUGAGCUGGAGAGCCAGUUUGUCCUGAGGCUUCCCUCGGAGUAUGCCUCAACAGUAAGACGGAUAGCACAGUCCAACAGUAUGAACAUGAAGGACAGACUCACAAUCGAGCUGCACCCGGAUGGUCGUCAUGGGAUAGUGAGAGUGGACCGUGUACCUUUGGCCUGCAAACUGGUGGACCUGCCAUGCAUGAUCGAGUCUCUCAAAACCGUGGACAAGAAAACAUUUUAUAAGACAGCUGAUGUCUGCCAGAUGCUGGUGUGUACACUAGAUGGAGACCUUUACCCUCCUUUGGAGGAGCCAACCGGCACUGACCCAAAGAGCAAGAAGAAAGACAAAGACAAGGACAAGAAAUUCGUCUGGAAUCAUGGCAUCACCUGCCCUCUGAAGAACACACGCAAGCGGAGAUUUCGGAAGACUGCGAAAAAGAAGUACAUCGAAUCUCCCGAUGUGGAAAAGGAAGUGAAGAGAUUGCUGAGCACGGACGCAGAGGCCGUCAGUGUCCGAUGGGAGCUUAUAGCAGAGGAUGAGUCCAAAGAAGCAGAUCAGCACGGCUCUCUGGCUAAUUUGGACUCUUCUCCUGGCACGUCGGGACACAAGAUGGGUCACGGAUCCGCAGUCCCACACGAUGAAUUGAGGGAGAUCUUCAACGACAUCAGCAGCUCCAGUGAAGACGAGGAGGAUGAAGGGGACCGGCAUGACGACGAAGACUUGAAUAUCAUGGACACUGAGGACGAUCUGGUGCGACAGCUCCAAGACAAGCUGAACGAGUCGGACUCUGCUCAGAACGAAAGCGACAGGAACAACCAGAUAGUCAUGGAGUACCAGGUGCAGAUCAACAACUUAAAGGGCAAGCUUCAAGAAACACGAGCCCGGAAGAAACAGCAGGAGGAGCUCAUCAUGAAAGUGGAGAACCAGGCCCUGAAGAAUCGCUUCCAAGCCUUGCUGGAUGAGAUCAUUCAGCAGGAGGAGCGGGAGAUGGAGCAGCUGGCCUCGCUUCAGGAGCAGCUGGACUCCCUGAUAGAGAAGUGACCAGCAGGGGGCAGUGUGACAUCGUCUUCAGCCGCACAUCGUCACAGGAAUAAAAAAGGAGGAGGGGUCUUUUAUCGGCGAAUUGCAUUGUCAUUCUUCUGUCAUUUCUAUCUAUCAAAUCUUCGGCAUUUUAAUUUGCAUAAUAAAAGUUUCUUUUUUUCUUCUUUUUGCAUUAUGGAUGUGCAUUUUUGGCUUUGGGAGAAGAUAUUAUUCUGUCAUCUUAAAAUAAAAGCUGAGUUUUGGUCAAGUGCUA